AUGUCUGCACCAAACGACAAAGACAGUAUAACUGACCUACACGAAACCGAUUCACUCGCCAAAUCCCGAGCACAAGACUUUACCGACCACCCCAUUACUCCUAGAAUCUCCCGAGAAAGAAAACGUGAACCUUCACAAUUUGGCGAUCCUAGGCUAAGUCCUUCUGUCGAUUUUAGUUCUCAAGAUGGAUUCAAGGUUGCUGCGAAGAAGAAGAAUAAAGGUAAAAGUUAUGCGCCUGUCGCCAGACCAAGGGAAGAUGAUGGAGAUGAUGAAAUGAAGAAGAACGAGGAUGACGGUAAUAAUGGUGACAAAGGGCAUGGCACAGGCGGUGAUUCUGGGGCUAAUGGAGGCGAUUCCGGGGAUGGAGGGGGCGACAAAAAGGACGAUGACAAACGGGAAGACGAGAAGAAGGAGGAAGAGAUUAAGGAAGAGGAGAAACCCUUUGAGCCAGCCGCCGAAGACUUACCGGACAGCUUCACUGUAACGACCAAGAAAGACAGAAAGAAGAAGAAGGGAAAAUAUGCCGAGCCGGAACCAGAACCAGAACCAGAACCAGAGCCAGUACCGCCUCCGCCGCCCCCCGCGCCCGAGAUAAAAGUUGCCGAUACAUUCGAUGACAUCAAAUUAGAUGAUAAACCUAAGCUCAAUCUCAAUCCGGAUACAGGCGGCAGUACCGCAAGCCCAAAAUUACCUGGUGUUCUCGGUGGAUGGGGUAGUAGCUGGAUUACUGGAGUAUCAAAAUGGGGAAUCGGGAGCGCAACCAGUGCGAGAACUCCAUCUCCAGUAAAUAAAUCCGCGGAAGAUACUAAAAAUCCUUGGAGUAAUGAUCGUGGUAAGCCCGAACAUCAAGACCUAGGAUUUACAUUUGGCGCCCUUGAACAGGAUGAAACUAAACGCAGCUUAGCGAAUCCCCGGAAACUGGAAACAAAGCCUGACCCGAAACCUGAACCAAAGCUUGAGCCAAAGCCUGAACCAAAGCCUGACACGAAACCGGAAUCGAUACCAGAAGAAGAUAUUGGAAUUGGCAUUGGUAUUUCCAAAAAGGAAAAGAAAAGGAAGAAAGGCACUGUAGCAUCAGCGAUAGACAUGUUUGAAGUGGCUCCAAAAGAAGAACUAAAAGUGGAACCUCCGAAACCCAUUGAUAUUCCUGCCCUGGACGACGCUUGGGGUGCCUGGGGAGCUACAAGCAAAAAGAUGAAAGGUAAAGCAGCCAAUGAAACCCCUAAAGCCAAUGAAACUCAAAAAGUGGAAGCCGUAGUCGAGCCGGUUGUUGAAAAGAAACCACCCACUCCUGAGCCUGCCCCUGAACCUGCCCCUGUGGAAGAUAUCUGGAACAUCGGAACAACCUCCAAGAAAAACAAGAAGAAAAAGGAAAAGCUUGCUGAACAAUCAAAACCAGAAGACUCACCUCCACCGGAUGCGGAACCCGAACCCCAAAAAGAGCCCGAUCCCGAUCCUAUUCCUGAACCGAAAAGGGAGGAGGAACCCAUUUCCAUGUGGGGUAAUUCAAAAUCUGGUAAGAAAAGGAAGGGCAAAAAUGCCAUUAUUGACGAACUGCCAAAAGUAGAAGAACCACCACCAGUCGUAGAACCACCCGAGCCCGAGCCUGUUGUUGAGGAAGAGGUUGAAGAAGAUUUCGGUUGGGGAUGGGGACUUUCUAAGAAAGAAAAGAAGAAGAAGAAAGAAGCCGUGGAAGAGCCAAUACCUCCCCCAGAGCCAGAAAAACAGUCCGAAUCUGAGCCACCACAAUCGGAACCAAUUGCAAACACUAGAUUGUCCAAGAAGGAAAAGAAAAGGAAAGGUAAGAACAUUGUUAUAGAACCCGAGAUUGUGAGGCCACCAACACCACCACCACCGGAGCCGGAACCGGAACCGGAACCCUCUUUUGAACCGGAACCUGAAGAAGAUACCAAUGUAUGGGACUCGUGGGGACUCAGUAGUUCCACAAAAGACAAGAAAAAGCAAUCCAAGGAUAUCAUUAUACCAACUGCUCCAGCGAUCGGUGGUUUUGAUUGGGGAUUUGAUGACAAAGUGAAAGAUGAGCCAGCUGAAGGAGAGUUCAAGGAUCCAGAACCAGAACCAGUCUCAAAAUCCGUGGAAUCUGUGGGUAUCUGGGGUGCUCUUACCUCUAGUAAAAAGAAGGACAAAACCUCGAGCAAAGAUAAAGAUAAAACCUCUAUCAAGGACAAAGAGAGGAGGAAAGGUAAACGGAGUACCGAGGAGCCUAGAGUAAUCGAGGACUUUGAUGAACCUGUACCUGCACCGGCUCCUGACCCGCCUCCAGCUGUUGCGGACGAUUUUGACUGGGGUUUUACUACUACUUCAAAGAGAGACAAAAAGAAGGUUAGCAGAAACAGGGAAUUCACUCCUGAACCUGAGAAUAAGCCGGCCAUGGAAGCAAUUGAGCCCGCAGAUAGUAACAACGGCUGGUUGAACUGGGGACAAAACACGAAAAGGAACAAAGAGGAGCCUUUACUUCCUGUUGAUGACUAUGAAGAGCCCAUGUCACCUCCGCCAGUCCCGGAUGCUCCCCCUGCCGUUGACGAUUUCAUGGGAUGGGGUUUGUCUUCAAAAGAAAAGAAGAAGAAAAGGAGCCUUGUCGAAGAACCUCCAAAGCCUGAGCCUAUCAAGGAACCCAAGUUCGAUGACUUUUUUAGUCCGAUCUCUUCCAAGCCACUUGUUAAGCUUAGCAAGAAGGAACAGAAAGAAGCCGAUAGGGCUAGAAGGAAGGCAGAAAGAGAAGAAGCUGAAAGGAAGUUGGCAGAGGAGGCAGAGGAGGCAGCUAGAUUGGAAGCCGAGGAACAGGAAAGAAUUGAAACCGAAGAACGGGAAAGGUUUGAGGCUGAAGAACGAGAAAGGCUUGAAGCCGAGGAACGGGAAAGGCUUGAGGUUGAAGAACGUGAAAGAGUUGAAGCCGAGGAACGGGAAAGAGUUGAAGCCGAAGCGAAAGCUAAGGCUGAAGCUGAAGCCGAAUCAGAAUCGGAAUCCGAGCCAGAGCCUCCCAGGAACGAUUGGAGCUCAAUAUGGGGUCUAGCCUCGGGCAGCAAACAAAAGAAGAAGAGCGAAAAGAAGAGCAAGAAAAAGACUAUCCUCGAAAUUGAAGCUGCGCCUCCAGCUCCAUCUCCAACUCCGCCAGUGGAGCCGCCGGUGGAGCCGCCAGCAGAGCAUGAGACAGAUAAUUUGUGGGGUUUUGGAUCCACAUCGAAGAAAUCAAAACCUAAGGAGAAAGAAGCUCGUCCUGUCAAACUUAGCAAAAAGGAACAACGAGAGGCUGAUAAGGUAGCCGAAAGAGCUAGGAAGAAGGCUGAAAAAGAAGAGGCUGAAGCGAAAGCUGCAGAAGAAGCGGCUAGACUGGAGGCUGAAGAACAGGCAAGGCUCGACGCCGAGGAGCAAGAACGAAUUGAAACCGAGGAACAAGCAAGAGCCGAGGCUGAGGCUUUGGAGGCCGAAGAGCAAGCUAGAAUUGAAGCUGAAGCUGCUGAGGCAGAAGCCAAAAGAUUAGCCGAAGAGGCUGAAGCAGCUAAACCCAAAAUGAAGUUGACAAAGAAACAACAAAAAGAAGCCGAUCGAUUAGCUAGGAAGAAAGCUGAAGAGAAAGCCGAAGAGGAAGCCGCCGCAAAGGAGGCAGAAGAACAAGCUCUUAGGGAGGCGGAGGAGGAGGAGGCGGCGAGAGAGGAAGAGGAACGUUUAAGAGAAGAAGAGCGAGCGAGAGAGGAAGAGGAGGAACAUGAAAGAGAGGAAGAGGAACGUCUAAGAGAAGAAGAAGAGGAGCGCAUAAAGGAGGAAGAGGAGGAACGUGCAAGAGAGGAAGAAGAGGAGCGUAUAAGAGAGGAAGAGGAGCGUGCUAGAAUGGAAGAAGAGCGUGCCAAUAGAGAAGCGGAGGAGAAAUCUGCCAGAGAACAAGCUGAAGCUGCUAAAAGGGCCAGGAAGGAAUCUAAGUUAAGUAAGGGUAAGAAGUCUAGACACAACAAGGAACCAGAACCUAUCCCUCCACCACCACCACCGCCAAUACCGGCCAAAGCUCCCACUCCAGAACCAGAUGAAGACCUAGAACCAACCCAGGAAGAAGUGGACGAAAUACUUGCUUUAGGAAAUCGCGCAAAGCCAGCGUCGCAAGCCUUUAGUUUUUGGGGAGCUCCCAAAAAAUCACCAGUAGUAGAGAAGCCGUCACCAAACAAGGAUAUUGAAUUCGGUAAGACUAAUCUUACUGAGGCAUCCACCAAGGAUCUCAUGGCUUGGGGCACGGGACCAGAUGAGAUUGCGAUUGCUGACAAAGCGACGCGUCCAGAAACCUCUUCUAAGAACAAGGACACGACAUCUAAAUGGCCACCACCCUCAAUAAAAUCAAGCUUAUUAAAGAAACCACUUGGAGGAACAGUAGCUGAUAGGUUAAGAGCAUUUGAAACAAAUAAAUCCCCUGAAGAGCUCGAUGAGCGUAAUGAGCCCGACGAGGCUGAGGAAGUAGAGGGUUAUUUUCCCGCGCCUUCUCCUUCCCCAUCUCCUCCCCCGCCUCCGCCUCCACCUCCACCUGUCGUGCAGCCUGUGCCGACUAAGGAAGAAAGGAGAAAAUUAAAAUCAUCCAGAAGAGACAAAGAAAGGUUUGAAGAUCCAGAAGUAUUUCCUGGUGCAGUCCCGGGAACCUCUUACGACGACGAAAUUGUUGAUGUUGUUGAGAUGCCAAUUCAAAAGAAGAACAAGAAUAAAUCUGGUAAGGUCAAGGAAUCUUCUAGAGCACCACCUAUACCUGUUGAACCACCCACACCACCUCCUGAGGUGGAACCGGACCUGGAACCGGACUCAGAUCAUAAAUCUUCCAAGAAGGAACGACCUCGAGUUAUUCGUGAUGGAUCUUCUUGGGGAGCCUGGGGAGCAGAGACUCGUAAGGAAGAAAGAGAAAAAAGAUCAUCCAGAGACCGUGAAGCUAGAUUUGAGGAGCCUCCGAUCAUGAAAGAGGAGAGGAGAUCCGCGAGGGAAUCCGAACAUAGGCACUCUAAAUCCAGAAGACCAUCUACCAGAGAGGAGAAAACUUCCUCAUUAAAGGACUCAUCUUCAGAUAAAGCAGACAAGUCAUCAAAGGCGGACAAUAGACCACCGGUUUCUAGAGGGAUAUCAAAUAUGUUUGGCCCCCCAACACCACUAUCAAGGUCUAAUUCGAAGUCUGAAAAACGACCAAGUAUAAGUAGAACAAGCUCACGCCGGCAAUCCGCCAAUAUGGACAGCUCCGGUUACCCAAUUCCACUUCCUGAUGAUUCUCGUGAUCCUCCUUUAAUGCCCGCAAAAGCCGCGAAAAUGUUUGGUAUUGGUGUUCCUGGCAAGCUUUCAAGAAGCAAGUCCGAAAAAAUCAGGCCAUCACGUGAUGAUGACGUGGUUGAUGGUGACGUGGCAGAUCCUAUCCGCCAUAGGUCUAGCCGUGAUAGAAAAGGAAAGCCACAGGUAACUAAUGACUCAAUGUUUGGUGGGCAAGCGGCACCAAAUGUCCCUAUGCCUCCGCCUCCCAUGGAUAUACCAAUUCGAAGGAAGACUACGCCUACCACAGACUGGGGCGCUAAUGCCAGGACAUAUCAACACAGACGCCGAGAGGAUGAUAUUGUUAUGGUAGACCCAGGCCCAUCGGAAAACCUAGGAGCAUCUGGAUCUAAACGAAUCGAUCCAAGCGCUCGCAAAUCUGGUUUAGGUGGCAUGUUUGGAGGUGUUUUCGGGAAAAAGGAUAAAGAAAAGGAUCGCCCAGACCUUAAGCGUCGGAGUACUGCCCCAGCUGAAGAUGCGAGUCGUGCAUAUAGACGGGAUGAUCGAAAGACUAGAAGAUCUUCUAGAGAUGUAGGCCCCGAAAUCGAUGUCACCAUGACAGGUGCCGUUUCCGAAGAAGAUCAAGAGGCAAGAAGAGCAGCUCGACGUGCACGAAGGGCUGAACGUGAACGUGAAGCCGGCCAGCGAGGUGGGGAGGAUGCACGAGCGACCAAGGAGGAGGCAAGAAGGGAUCGUCAACGUAGGGAAGAAGAAGAUGAGCGUGAAGCACGAAGAGCAGCCAAGCGAGAGAAACGGCGUACUGCAGAGGCUGCUGAACGUCGAGUCGAAGAGGAAAGGGAAGCAAAAGAGGUCGAACGUGCUGAACGCCGAAGAGCUAGAAAAGAGAGAGAAGCUGCACAAACAGAUGGAGAGCCACGUGGAGAAGAUCCAUCACGUUCUAAACGCAGACGCAGUCACAAAGAUGGUGAUGAUGAUGAAGCCCGUCGACGAAGACGUGAAGAUCGGGUAAAAUCAUCAGAUCCUCGGAAAUCACGUCGCAAAUCUGCACCAGCUCCAGAGCCAGAAUUUCUUCCAGCGGAUGGUCUCGUCUACAGCCGUUCAAUACCUAAAGCCCCCUCAGCUUGGCCUCAUACCGGUACAGACUCCUGGGUGAGACAGAACUCGGAUGCACCCCCUCCACCAAAUUUUCCUUCAAAAGAGGCAUCUCCUGUUGAUGACACCGUCGGCGGAGAAGCUGAGAGAAAAAGGAUGAGGAAAACAAGGCCAGAUGGGAAUGACGAUGAUAGACGACGAAGAAGGGAUGAACGAAAACGUGAAAAGGAGACAGAGAAACCUACGAGAAGCUCAGAAGGCAGUCAAGAGGAUGCUUUAAGAGAAAAUCAAAGAGACUCAGGUUUCGAGACGGCUAGAGCGCCAAGUGCUUCUGGUGGUCUCUUCGGUCGUUGGAAGAAAUAUGGUGGGUUCUGA